CAGCAGCACACUGGACUGGCCCGUGGGUUUACUCAUCAUAUGUGGCCCCUGAUGGACAGCUGAGUUUGCAACCUUGAACUACUGGGUGAUGGAACGAACAAGGCAGGGGAGAAAACUGCGCGAAAGGGUCGCCUUCCCGAGACUGGUGAUGUGGAAGUGUUCGAAGGGCGGUCUUGGAAGAGGGAGAAACGUUUAACAGAUGGGCGUCAAAGGCAGCAGGCUGUAAAACACUGACCUUUCCAGAGGAGGCUGUGAGGGAGGUGGAUGCCCAGCGCAGGCCUGGGCGCCCCCAGGUGGAACUGGAGAGGCAGGGUAGACUUCGGAACUAAUGGUACUUGAACCUCAGAGCUCGUCGAGACAGUCUCCAGAGCACCCCAGGCCGGAAGUGAGCCGGAAGCCACUUUGCAGCCGAUCCUUCACUUGAAGCCCGGGUCGCGUCGCUAUGGCUCACACUGGAUCUGGCAAGCGCUCUAGAAGUCGCAGUCGGUCCCGGGGGCGAGAGUCAGAAAAGCGAAGGAAGAAGAGUAGUAGUAAAGAAAUCUCGAGGAACUGCUCAGCCUCUGGAUCUCAAGGUCGCAAGGCUAGCAGAGCCUCCAGGGCUGAGGCCUUACUUUCUCCCUGCAUCACAGAGAGAAGCAAGCACAAGUUCCGAAGACCACGAUCCAGCUCUUCCUCCUCUUCUUCCAGUUCUUCUAGCUCCUCUUCCUCCUCCUCUUCCUCCGGUGAUGGCCGGAGGAAACAGGGGAAGCACAAGGAUAAGAAGAGGAAGAAGAAGAGGAAGAAGAGGAAGAAGAAGCUGAAGAAGAAAGGCAAGGAGAAGGCAGCCAUGCAGCAGGCCGAGGCUCUGCCGGGUCCUUCACUGGACCAGUGGCACCGAUCAGCUGGGGAGGAAGAUGAUGGUCCAGUUCUUACUGAUGAGCAGAAGUCCCGCAUCCAGGCCAUGAAGCCCAUGACCAAGGAGGAAUGGGACGCCCGCCAGAGUGUUAUCCGCAAGGUGGUGGACCCUGAGACGGGGCGCACAAGGCUCAUCAAGGGAGACGGUGAGGUCUUAGAGGAAAUUGUAACCAAAGAACGUCACAGAGAGAUCAACAAGCAAGCCACCAGAGGGGACGGCCUUGCCUUCCAGAUGCGAGCUGGGCUGCUUCCCUGAGGGCCUUGCUGGCCAAGGCCAAUGGACUGCUGGUGGUGGUCUAGAGGCGGGUGUUGGGGUGGAAGCAGCUGCCUUUUCUCUGGGGAGUGGCCUCUGCCCAGCCCAGCCUCCUCUUGGGUGCAGCAGCACAUCUGAAAGAGGGCAGUAUCCUCACAUUAAAUGUUCCUGGUCUAGA